AUGACUUUGGAAGAAGUUAAGCAGCAACGGGCUAAUACUAAGAAAAGUAUAACCCGCAUCAAAAACCAAGUUGAAGCCAAUGGAAGGGGUGAAGGUAAGACACUUUCGUCAGCCGAGUUGAAGUGCCGUUUGGGGAUUUUGGAGUCAUAUUUCAAGCAGAUACUGACGUAUCAAACCCAAAUUGAGAAAUAUGAUCCUGAUGACAAUGGUAGGCCCGAAAUUGAAGACUUGUACAUCGCAGCGAAGAUGAAUAUUCAAGCGCAACUUGGUGAGGAUGUCCACAAUACAACCAUGUCCGACUCUACAAUUUGUUUUCCUGUUAACAACAAUAAAUUGCCUCAGCUCAAAUUGCCCACAUUUAGUGGUAAGUACAGUGAGUACAAAAAUUUUAUAACGUCGUUCAACCAAGUUAUCGAUCGUGAGUUUGGUCUAUCGAAUAUCGAAAAAUUUAACCAUUUGCUGAACUGCCUCCAAGGCCAAGCAUUGGAAACGGUCAAGGCUUUCCAGAUUACUAAUGAAAAUUACCCAAAGGCUCUGGAAAGGCUGAAAACGCGUUACGACAAUAGUUCACUGAUUUUUAUGGAAAAUAUUACCACUCUAUUUGAACUUCCAGCCAUGUCCAAAUACAAUUGCGCACAAUUACGAAGUCUCGUUGAUAAUGUUUCUGCUCUUUAUAGCUCCCUUUUGUCUCUAGGCUCAGAUAGUGACAUUGCUAAUUCGAUGCUGAUCUACAUAGUUUUGGAAAAGGUUGAUGAUGAGACAAAAAGAAAAUGGAAAGACUCUUUGGAUUUCACUGAACUGCCAUCAUGGGAUGAUUGCUCCAAGGUUCUUGAAAGGCAUUGCCAAUUUUUGGAAUCGGUUGACACCAGCCAUACAAAUGUGGCCCACCGUAAGCCUGACAAUCAUCAAUCUGGUAAGUCCAAAUAUAAAAGCUCAAAAACUGGCUAUUCUUUUUCGGUUUCGAAACGUGUUUGUGUUCUUUGCACAAAAACUGACCACACAAUUACUCGUUGCCCUCGCUUCAAAGAUAUGGAUGUCGGUCAACGUUUUGAAAAUGUCAAACGACUAGGGCUUUGUCUUAAUUGUUUGUCAAAAGGGCAUCAAGUUAACAGCUGUUCCUCUACAUUCAAGUGCAAAUCUUGUUCUCGCUUGCAUCACAGUUUGCUUCAUCGGUCUCAGUCAGCUUCUAGGCCCUCGUCCCCGACUGCUGAACCAUCUACUUCUCGUGCUGCCUUGAAUGACUCUCAUGCCUCGGUCCAUACUCAUAUGGAAAAAUCCUCACCGGAACAGGUGCUUCUUGCUACUGCCAUGGUUCUAGUUCGUGACGCUACAGGUCACUAUCAAUUCGGACGUGCUUUGUUGGAUUCUUGCUCUCAAUUGAAUUUCAUUACGGAUGAAUUUUCUCAAAAAUUGCACUUGCCUCGUAGAAAACAAACUACAGAAGUCGCUAGCAUUGGUAAUACUCAUAGUAAAACGAAAUAUAGGUCGUCAACAAAUGUGAAAUCUCGAGUUACUGAUUUUGAAGUGUCCCUUUCAUUUUGUGUCACACCUCAUAUUUCUUAUCAACCUGAUGCUGAAUUAGACGUCUCAACCUGGAAUUUGCCCCCAAAUACUCAGCUUGCAGAUGAAAACUUUUUCAAAUCAAAACGAAUUGACUUGCUUAUUGGUACAGAAACUUUCUUUGAUAUUUUGUCAGUUGGUCAAAUUAAACUUGGUCCGAAUUUGCCAAAAUUACAUAAAACUCUAUUUGGAUGGAUUGUAGCUGGUCGUUAUUUAUCAAACCAAUCGAACGAUACUGGUUCUUCUUGUAUGCUCUCGAUAGAAGAGGAAGUUGAUUUAAAAUUACAACGAUUGUGGGAAAUCGAAGAAAUUCCAUCUGGCUCAAAUACUUUGACUCCAGAACAAGCUGAUUGUGAAUCGUUUUUCAAUAAUACUGUCCAUCGUGAAUCUUCCGGUAGAAUUGUUGUUAAAUUACCCUUCAAAGAAUCCGCUGACACUUUAGGUCUCUCGCGAAAUAUGGCUCUUAAAAGAUUUGCAUCUCAAGAGAGACGAUUUGCUCGUGACAGCAAUCUCAAAUCACAAUAUGUGAGUUUUAUGAAGGAGUAUGAAGAUUGUGGACAUAUGAGUCUUGUUCGUAGUCCCCGCUUAGAUGAGCCUCAUUAUUUCAUCCCUCACCAUUGUGUUUUCAAACCUAAUAGUACUUCAACAAAAUUAAGGGUGGUCUUCGAUGCGUCCUGUCCGUCAUCAUUUCAAAGGUCUCUCAAUGACAUUCUUAUGGUUGGUCCAACGAUUCAAGAUGAGCUGUACAAAAUUUUACUUCGUUUUCGUCUUCAUCGUUUCGUUAUAACAGCUGAUAUAGUAAAAAUGUAUCGGCAAGUGCUUAUUGACUCUUCCCAUAGAAAAUUCCAGUACAUUUUGUGGAGAAAUUCUGAAGAAGAAGAAAUUCGCACUUAUCAGUUGAAUACAGUUACCUAUGGAAUGUCUGCUGCUCCCUACCUAGCUAUUAAAAGUCUUCACUAUCUCGCAGACCAGUACAUGGACCAAUUCGAACUUGGUGCAAAAACUAUAAAGUCAUCAUUUUAUGUUGAUGAUUUUAUCGGUGGUGCAGAUUCAAUAGAAGAAUUGACUAAAAUUAAGACAGAGGUGAAUGAAAUUCUAAUUCGUGGUUCGUUUCAAUUGGACAAAUGGCACUCAAAUCAUAGAAGUUUUCAAGACGACAAAACUAUAAAAGAUCUAAAUAUUGAUGAAUUAGCUGUGACCAAUGCUCUUGGUAUUACUUGGGAUCAACAAAAAGAUGUAUUUCUAUUUUCGUUUACACCUAAAGUUCAAAUUGAUGGAAAAAUCACCAAAAGAACAAUUUUGUCGCUCUCGUCAUCACUUUUCGAUCCCUUAGGACUCUUAGCUCCGCUUAUUAUAAAAUCCAAAAUCAUCAUGCAAGAAUUGUGGAUUCUCAAAAUUGGCUGGGAUGAAUCUAUCCCUCAAGAACUACAUUUGGCUUGGGAAUAUUUUGUUUCUGAUCUCAAAACGUUAAAUUCCCUUGAAAUCCCUCGUUUUUGUCUCGCUGCUGAAUCUCAAUCAGUUCAACUUCAUGGCUUUUGUGACUCAUCAAUUCGCGCUUAUGGAUGCUGUUUCUACUUUCGUGUUAAAACUUAUUCAGGAAAUGUCUCUGUUCGUCUUUUUACUGCCAAGUCUAGAGUUGCCCCGACGAAAAGAAAAUCAUUGCCAAAACUUGAACUUUGUGGCGCACAACUUUUGGCUAAAUUAUACUCUAAAGUCAAAAAUCUUUUCGCAAUACCAAAUCUUGAAGUAUUUCUAUGGACAGAUUCUCAAAUAGUUCUUCACUGGUUAAAGCAACAUUCUUCUACGUUAUCCGUUUUUGUUGGCAACAGAGUAUCGGAAAUUCAGGAUCUAACUACUGGCUGUAUUUGGCGACAUGUUCCAACGCAUUUUAAUCCUGCUGAUAUCGUGUCUCCUGGUUCAACUGUAGAAGAACUCGCUUCAUCUAUCUGGUUCAAUGGACCAGCAUUUCUCACUCUCGGUGCUAGUAAAUGGCCUCCUAAUAAAAUAGAUCAACUAUCCAUAGAAAAUCAACAAGAUAUCGACCGAGAAAAACGCAAAACUGUACUCUCCCUGGAAGCAACAUCUAAUUACAUUCUGGAUUCGGUUGAAAAUUAUAGCUCAUAUUUAAAAAUUAUUCGUAUUGUUGCGUGGAUGCUCCGUUUUUCUCAAAAAACAAAAACUAAUAUUUUCCAUUCUGAUUCUUUACAGCCCCAAGAAUUAGAAAACGCCUUGCUCAGAAUAGUUUUUAAUCUACAGCAACAUCAUUUUCAAGAUGAUAUACAACGAGCUCUGAAGAAAAACGAUCCUCAAGGUGCACUAAAGUGUCUCAAUCCCUUCAUCGAUUCAUCAAAUGGAUUCAACUUGCUCAAAGUCGGUGGUCGCUUGGAAUUCGCAGCAAUUUUUGAAGGUCAAAAGCACCCUAUAAUCUUGCCCAGCAAAAAUCAUUUCGUCGACUGUUACGUGCGUCAUCUACACAUCAGCAACUACCACGCAGGACCCAAGGCUUUAAUGUCGUUAAUCCGCCAGAGAUUUUGGAUCAUCAAUUCAAGAAACCUAUGUCGUCGUAUCGUUAAUUCGUGCCCACAAUGCAUUCGUUAUCGCCCAAGGUUGCUUCAACAAAUGAUGGGCAAUUUGCCCGUAGAACGACUUAACCCUUCAAGGCCCUUUGCCAGAUGUGCUGUUGAUUUUUGUGGUCCAGUAAACACUUACCUAAGAAUUAGAGGGAAGGUACCAUACAAGACAUAUAUUGCUGUUUUUGUUUGUCUCGCAACUAAAGCAGUCCAUCUAGAAGUUGUAUCAGACUUAUCAACAGAUGCCUUUAUUGCUGCUCUUAAAAGGAUGAUUGGACGAAGAGGUCUACCCACAGAUAUAUUCUGUGACAAUGCCACCAAUUUUGUUGGUGCAAACUCUAAGUUGGCUCAACUAAAAUCGUUCCUUUUUGAUCCUAAAAAUUCCAAUUUUAUAAUAAAUUAUUGCUCAAAUCAAUUUAUUAAUUUUCGCUUUAUUCCCCCCAGGGCACCACAUUUUGGCGGAUUGUGGGAGGCGGCCGUCAAAUCGGCCAAGGGACACCUAACCAGGACCCUCGAUAACACAAGGCUCACAUAUGAGGAACUUGCAACUGCAAUGAUUGAUAUAGAAGCAAUUCUAAAUUCGAGGCCUAUUUCGCCCCUAUCAUCCGAUCCCAGUGACUUUGAAGCCCUUACACCAGGCCAUUUCCUGGUAGGCGCUCCCUUACGCAGUUUGCCAGAACGUGAUGUCCCUCCAAUUGAAAUCAAUAAACUUGAGUAUUGGGCCCGAAUAAGCGCCAUAAAACAACAUUUUUGGAAGAAGUGGUCCCACGACUACAUAAACGAGCUCCAGACCCGCAAUAAAUGGACUAGCACCAACUCAAAUAUUUGUACUGGCUCCCUAGUAAUCAUUAAAGAAGAUAAUUUACCACCGCAGCGUUGGCUCAUGGGUAAAAUCAUCAAUAUUGUUCGUGGUAGAGAUGAUCGAGUUCGAGUUGUCGACAUCAAAACAACAAAGGGAAUUAUACGUCGCCCUAUCCACAGACUGGCUUUACUAUUUUCUUGA